GAAUUUGACUUUGAAACUUGUUUCCGCACGGAACGAUUUCUAGUCGAACACAACAAAGGAAACCUCUGGGGUUUGAGAUCUUUGAGAAAAUGCCAGGCCUAUCGAAAACAGAGACUGUUGGAUUAAAAAAGAUAUUAAACUCAAUGACUGCUGAGGACUUAAUGUCACUUAGUGACACGGUCACAAAUAAGUUGAUAGUUGUGGAAAACGUCUGUGAGGCAACGGAAACGAUUCUUUCAUUUUCAAAAAAUGCCGAAGAACUCCUCAGAAGGAGGAAGGUUCAGCGUGAUCUGAUUUUCAAAUAUCUGGUGAAGGAAGGAGUGACGAUGUCUCCGAACAGUGAAAAGCACCAACUGGUGAAGCGGGCGCUAGAACUGUGGUCACCAGUAAAGGAGACCCUGCAGCAGCCGGCGACAUCUGAUUCCACUGGUGUGAAAGUCGAGGUGAACUUUGACCCGCUGGUCCUGGGCCAGCAGUUCUGUCAGUGGUUCUUCCAGCUCCUGAACAGUCAGAACCCUUCACUGGGCCACCAGCCACUACAAUGGGGACCACAGCAUUUCUGGCCAGAUGUGAAACUCCGCCUCCUCUCUAGAACUAACGUUGAAGAGAUGGAGGAGUUCACUGGUGCUGAACUGGUCAGCCUUCGUCUCUUGGCGUUGACUGGUGGGGAGCGCCUCCACUUCAGUCCCAACCUGGAGCCUCAUGGCAUUAAGGCUUUGGCCUCCCCGCAUGGCCUGGUGCUGGUGGGUGUGGCUGGGACAAUCCACAGGGACUCAUCUUGUCUCGGCAUCUUUGAGCAAACGUUUGGACUUAUUCGCUCGCCGCUAGAUGAAAACAGCUGGAAGGUGAAGUUCAUCAACCUUAAAAUCAAAGGACAGGACGCUCUGGGAGGGUCGGAGGUCGCAGCACCCUCUCUGAGCUACAACUCUACUGAAUUGCAGCUUUAUUGCAGCUGAUGAUCAAGAUGAUGAAAUUGUUUUUCUAAGUAAUUAUUCAGGGUUGGUUUUGUGAUUGAGAGUGAAACAUUACUUAUCUUAGCUGCACCCAAAAAUAUGCUAGAGGGCUGAUUUUGGAUUAGUACCGGUACACCGUUGCAUCUCGGGACACUUUGUUUAAAACUUAUUUUCUUUGCAGCUCUGUAAACAAUUAAAAUAUAUUUCUGUAAAAUAUGUUUUUAUGCCUAAUGUAAGAUACUUUGGAUGAUGUCACUAAAACACUUGUGUAAAUAUGUAAAAUACACAGAUAUGAGUAAG